AAGCGAUCCAGAACUGAGCCCAGCGAUCAUCCCAGUAUGUCGACCCCUAGCGUGACCUUCGGCGAAGUUCGAGUGAUCAACACGUUUCUGCACGUUGAAGAGAGCAAUGAGGUUCCAAUGCCAAAGGUGAAGAGCAGCCUCUCAGAACCUCUUCCAGAACCCCUUCCGAUUCUUUCGAGCCUUCCAGACCCUCCAGUUCACUUCCCAUCCAAGGAUGAGAACCUGAUGGAGCUGUUGUCAGCAGAGCUGCCCAUGAUGCCAUGGAAUACCUAUGACUCCUUUGAGCCAGAGAAAGGCGAGGGUGACGAGGGUGACGAGGGUGACGAGGGUGACGAGGGUGACGAGGGUGACGGGAAUGGUGAACCCUUUGUCGCCAAGGUUUCCACUUUGGAAUACUUCGAGAAGGUUUCCAACUUUGGGCAGACAGUCGAGACGCCUUUCGUGUGCAAGGUGUCCACCUUUGAUUUCUUUGAGGAUGGCUUUCAUGUGCCUGGGACCGAAUAUGCUGCGAAAGUGACACCCAUGGCCUCAGUGGUGGAGCCGGAGUCUCCGUGCCACUUGCGCAACGUGUGCAACGUGUACAACGUCCCAACCUACUGCUCCUUCGAUGGCUCCUUCGAUGGCUCAUUCGAUUCCCAUGGGUCAUGUGUGGCUCCCUCUGAGCCGCAGAAACUGUCGACCUUUGAUUCGUUCACAGCAAUGCCACCCAUGCAGCAAAUGCCACCAACGCAUUUGCCUCUGCAACUGCCGCUGCCGGCUGGCCAUUGCUUGCUUCCACCGAAUAUGUCGGCUGUCAAGGUAGACUUCUCUUCAAGUGUCUCCAGUGACUCCACUAGCAGCACGCCUUCAGCGAAGAGUUGUGCUUCGGUGCCUUUGCAUGUCGAGAAUGGGGAGUCCAUCCAUUGGAAUGUGGAUGGGCGGAAGUUGGAGUCACAAGACAAACAGAUCCUUUCUCCAGAGUUCGAAUUGCAGCUGCCUGGCGUGCCAGAAACCACACCCUUCCGACUCAUGAUCUUGGCAAAGGAGACCAGAGGAAAAGGAUGCCGGGGUUUCUUGAAGGCCAAAGGGCGCGGUCGGCUCUUCAUCAAAUGCGGAUGCUCCUCGGUGCCUGAGUCCGCGGCAGCUGUCGCCUUCCGAGUCACUGUUGGCGCAGGAACUGAUGCAGAGAAAUCCAAAGUGUUGCGACCACAUCAGUUCGCAGAUCACUCCUGCUGUCCACUUCAAGAAGACAAAGAAGACUGGGGUCUUCUUCCAGCUGUCAGCUGUGAAUCUAAGCAUUUUGAUGUCUUAAUUGAGGUUCUUCAUGCUGAUAAUUCAAGUGAUGCCUAAAGAGGCUGACAGAGAUUGCAAGGUGGCAAACGAAAUAACCAAAUACCUGGUUUGCUUAGCCAGUAAAUUUUGGUGCAGAUGUCUGAUGCUUGCAGAAUCUGCACUUCCUGCUAUGUACAGUUCGACAGUUUGCCAAGAGCAGUACAGACGACGCCUCUUACAGGCGCCUUCGGUGCUCAAUUCUCUUCAGUCUUUGUAGAGGCACAUGUCACACGACUGAAGAGAAGCAGGACUGUCAGAUAGCUGAUCACUGAUCACCCAGCUUAAGCGUUGGGUAGCACAACUUUCGACAUAAGUGUUUGAUCUCUGUGCGAAAUUUGUGUUCAAAAGAUCCU